AUCAGUAUCGAUAAACCGUAAAGGUGUUAUUUCUUAACUUUGAUUUGGUAAAAUUAUCGAAAAAACCGCACAUAAAAUGGCUCAAAAAGGUAUCAAUCCCAUCGUAGUUUUGAAGAGCAUUUACAACAAUGAAUUCCAAUGGUCAGUGGUCAAAAGCUUCGGAAUAUUCAUGCUUGGCGUGCGAAUUGCAAAAGAAUUCGUCGGUGUGGAAAUUAUGCCCGCCAUUACACCGCUUUAAGAGCUAUGAAGAGGUUUGACAAAAAGACAUCAAGUCACUAAACACGGAAGUACGAAGUACUUAGUAUAAGGAAAACACUCGCUUGUUAUGCAUUGUGUAGUGCUCUAGCGUCACUAUCGUAAUAAAAAGUUAAUAUUAUUAAUUUAAAUUGAUUGUUGCGGUUUUUUACUUUUGAGAGGAAAAUGAAUUGCGUUGUAUUUAGCGUAGUUUUGUCACUACUUAUGGUUGUCCUUGAAGUGUCUUAUGUGAGCACUUCUGGAUUCUUAUGGAAUCAACCAAAACCAAAUAUUCUUCUAAUUCUAACUGAUGAUCAGGACAUUGUGCUUCAUGGGUUGACUCCUAUGCAUAAUGUCCAACAAUUGAUUGGAUCAAAUGGAGCCACAUUUUCAAAUGCUUUUACGAGCUCGCCGAUUUGCUGUCCUUCUAGAGCUUCAAUUCUAAGUGGAAUGUAUGCACACAAUCAUCGGACAUUAAACAACUCUGUGUCAGGUGGAUGUUAUGGCUCGUAUUGGAGAAAGAAGGUGGAACCGAAGGUUCUACCUGUUGUUAUGCAGCAGAGUGGCUAUGAUACAUUCUUUGCUGGGAAGUAUCUCAAUGAUUUUUCAGGGAGACAUGUUCCUCCAGGUUGGAAAGAGUUCUACGGGCUGCAGGGUAAUUCACGCUAUUAUAACUACAGCCUAAAUGAAAACGGCCGCAUAAAUUCAUACACUGAUCGGUAUCUAACCGAUUUGCUAGCUGAAAAAUCAGUUUCGUUCUUUGAAGAACGCAAGGUCGGGAUGAGACCUUUUUUCGCAAUGAUAGCUCCACCAGCACCUCAUGCUCCAUUCACUCCCGCUCCAAGACAUAGAAAUGCGUUCGCUGGCUUAAAAGCACCAAGAACAUCUAAUUUCAAUGUCCUUUCUGGAAAUUUAGAUAAACAUUGGUUGGUUGCUUUUGGAGAAAAGAUGUCAACCCGACUAAUAAGCAACCUAGACAUAUUCUUCCAAAAACGAUGGGAGUCAUUGUUGGCGGUAGAUGAAAUGGUAGGGAGCAUUAUAAGCUCUCUCAACCAAACCGGAGAAUUAGACAACACCUAUAUUGUUUUUACGUCCGAUAAUGGCUAUCAUCUUGGACAAUUUGCACAACCAUUCGAUAAGAGACAACCUUAUGAGACUGAUAUUAGGGUGCCAUUCCUAGUGCGAGGUCCAAAUAUACCCAAAAAGUCAAUUAUUUCAGCACCAAUUAGUUUGAUCGAUUUAGUUCCUACGAUUUAUGAAUGGGCAGGAAUUAUACCAAGGGGCAAUGAAGAUGGCAUAUCCUUUCAGGCAUACCUCAUGAAUCCAAAGUAUAAUCCUUUGCUAGAUAGAGGUUUCCAUCGGGAGAUUCUAGUCCAGUAUUGGGGUGAAGGCAAUAGUCAAACAUAUAAUUUCCAAUGUCCAUGGAAGAAAUCUGAUAAUUUAGCUGAAUGCACUAUGGACGCAGAUUGUCACUGUCAGGAUUCAUGGAAUAACACUUAUGCUUGUAUUCGUCACUUUAGAUUUGGAACCAAUAAACUCUAUUGUGAGUUUCAAGAUCAUGAGCAAUUUGUCGAAUCUUACGAUCUAGAUGAAGACCCAUACCAAAUGGAUAAUCUUGGCUACGAGAUGCUGCCAAUUGAAAGAGCGCUUUAUAGCCUUGCGUUGCAUAAUUUAACAACUUGCAUUGGUAGUUCAUGCAGAAUUGUAAAUCUUUAAUAAAUAUGAAUGUUGUUAAAAAAAUAAGCAUAAACAAAAAUAUA